AUGGACCGGAGACGCACCGGUGCCGGGCGCGCCAACGGCGGGAUCGCCGCCUUCACCGCGAUCCUCGUCCUGACCGUGACCUGCGCCGCGGCCAUCCACAAGGCGGAAGCCGCCGGCGACGUCGCCUCCGUGGCUUUCGUGGCCGUCAGCUACGGUGCUGUGCUGCUGCUGCACCGCACCCUUGGCGCCUACGAGACAGCGGCCGGGGCGCCUGAUGAAGGUGCCGCCGCUGCCGAGCCCGAGAGAGAGCGGCUGAGGCGCAGGGUCUGGGCGCUGAGCGCGCUGCUCACUGCGCUGUUCGCGUGGAAGGUCGCCGGGGUGGUGCCGUGGCCCGCCGGGGUCCUCGUCUGGGCCGCGACCUCCGCCGGCGGCUUCUUCGCCCUGGUUGCACGUCGCCGUCCGUGA